AUGUCUCGAAUUUCAUCAUACCUAUUCAUCAGUCUAACUAUCCUAUUAGUUUCUCUAGCCACCUUCAGUUUGGCAGCUAACACUGAUAGAUGUACAGUUUGUAUGUACGAUGGGACAACUUAUAACAAACCAGAUCCUGCUAAAGGUGCCAAUGAGUUGUGUAAUAAAGUUAAACAAAGUGGUUGUGUUUUUAAAAAUUGGUAUACACAUGAUAACGAUCCAAAUACAGGUGGUCAAAAAACUUAUUGUCGAUUUCAAUGUAAUGAUCCAAAAAGUGGUUGUAUUGGAUACAAGACUAAAGUCCAUAACGGUGGACCAGCAGAUCAAGCUCACGAAUCACUUUUCAGGACUGAUCACAUGGAUUGUGACAAAUGGCCCAUAAGCUAA